AACCGACGUUCCGUAGUGACGUCACCUUAUGGAAAGUGUCAUUUUGGCAAGAUGGCAACGGAACCAAAUAAGACCGAAAUUCUUACGAUUUUCAAGAGAUUGAGAUCAAUUCCUACGAACAAGGUGUGUUUUGACUGUGCUGCCAAAAACCCGAGCUGGGCAAGCAUCUCGUACGGUGUGUUUCUGUGCAUUGACUGCUCUGGCAUCCACCGCUCACUGGGGGUUCACCUCAGCUUCAUCAGAUCCACUGAGUUGGACUCAAACUGGAACUGGUUUCAGCUCAGAUGUAUGCAGGUUGGCGGCAACAGCAAUGCAACGGCCUUCUUCCGCCAACAUGGCUGCUCCACAAAUGACACCAAUGCUAAGUAUAACAGCCGUGCUGCCCAGAUGUACAGAGAGAAGAUUCGGCAGCUGGCCAACGCCGCUUUGUCUAAAUACGGCACAGACAUGUGGAUCGACUCCUCUGCAGGAGGAACUCCUGCUCCUGAGAAGAAAGAGGCUGACUUUUUUGCAGAACACACACAAGCUCAGGAUGCUAUUGAUUGGAACAUGGCUCCAUCCUCUGUGAGCGAGCAGAACGGCGCCACCCUGACCCAACAGCUGACGGACACAACGCCUAAAAGUCUGGAUGACAACCAACCAGAGGAAGGGCCGAGCAUCGAUGGUCUGAGUACGUCCCCUAAAGCCUCCAUCGAUGUAAAGACUUCCAUCAUCGGGAAGAAGAAACCCAUGGCUGCUAAAAAAGGGCUUGGUGCUAAGAAAGGCCUCGGAGCCCAGAAGGUGAGCAGUAAAAGCUUCUCAGAGGUGGAGAAACAAGCACAAGUGGCUGAGAAGCUGAGAGAGGAGCAGGUGACCGAAGCAAAGAAACAAGCUGAAGAAUCCAUAGUGGUCUCCAUGCGUCUGGCCUACAAGGAGCUGGAGAUCGACAGGAAAAUGGAGGAGAAGAAGCUCCAGAACCUGGAAGGGAAGAAGAGGGAGCAGGCUGAGCGUCUGGGAAUGGGCUUCGGCUGCAGGAGCGUCGUGUCACACUCUGUGAUGUCAGAGAUGCAGGUGAUCGAGCAGGAAACACCUGUGGGAGUCAGGUCCUCAUCUCGCUCCAAACUGGACAUGUUUGAUGAGCCCGAUUUUACUUCUGGACCUCCAAAGUACAAGGACAACCCGUUCACGGUGGGGGACAGUUUUGGAUCCAGGUGGGACACCGACGGAGGGACCAGUUCUUUCACCACCUCCUGGGCUCUGGAGAAGGAGGAGCCCAAAGAGGAGGUCACCAUCUCUAGCAUUCAGCCAAUCGGAGAGAGGCUUCCCAGCAGGAGAAAGGCUGAGGUGUCUCCGGUCUCCGAGUCCAGUGAAGCCCGGGAGAAGUUCGCCAACGCCAAGGCCAUCUCCUCCGACAUGUUCUUUGGUCGGGAGAGCAGUGCCGAGUACGAAGCAAAGACGAAGCUGGAGAGUCUGUCUGGCAACACUUCCAUCAGCUCAGCUGAUCUGUUCGGAGACGGCAGCGACAAAGGGAGGGGGGUGGGUUUCGACAGCGUCCUCCCGUCCGGCCCGGACAUAACGCAGUUCAAACAGGGAGUGAAGACUGUCGCGGGAAAGAUGGCCGUCAUCGCCAACGGCGUGAUGAACACGAUUCAGGACCGUUACGGGUCGUAUUGAGUGGCGCCGACGCCCGAGCAGAACCAUCAGCCUGCUGACUGACGUGAGGAGACUGGACGAGGAGCUGCAUGGAGACAGGAAGUGUCCUGUCCUCUGUCCUCCACUAGAGACAGUUUUACAGAAGUGACAGUAUUUCCUCGUUCACCCUCAUUAGCUGAAUCCGGAUUUUUAUUUUCAUAAAACAAAACAUCAAAGGGUAAAAACCUUUUGUAAAAGCAGAGUUUUGUGGUUUCCUGUUUGCUGCGUUUCGGUCUCAGAUUUUCAAAACAAAAGUUUAUUCUUUCUUCGUGAAUUCUGAUGCAUUUAAUCAAAUGUUCUUUUCUUCUGUGACAUUAAAACAAAGUGUAGUUUAUAAUGAGAACAUCAUGUUUGGGUUCUGAUGUUUCUGUUCAUGCUUCAACUGGGACUCAGGCGGGUUUGAACCCAAACGGACUCCUGAUAGACAGAACCAGCUGACGCCGCUCGUCUAACACGACUAUGCAUCUGCAGCUCUGAAUCUCGGCUCCGCUGCAGCCUCGCCUCACUGAGAAGAAAUCAGAACAACGUGACCCAAACGGACCCGUCUCAGACGUGAUUUUCAUUUUGUCCCGCCUGUUUUUGUCCCAACGAGCCGCCAGACAUGUGCAGAAUGAAAGGAUGGAAAUAUUUAUUGUAGGCGACCAAAAAAGAACCUGUUGAGUAUGUUAAUAAAGCUCAAAACGCUC